AUGAUCAUUCCCGUUCGCUGCUUCUCGUGCGGCAAGGUCAUCGGUGACAAGUGGAACGCCUACCUUGCGCUCCUCCUCGACGGCCGAACCGAAGGCGAGGCGCUCACAGAGCUCGACCUCAAGCGCUACUGCUGCCGACGAAUGGUCCUGACCCACGUCGAUCUCAUCGAGAAGCUUCUCCACUACAACAUCCACGAACGCCGAACCCAGGCAUGA